AAUGACAAUUGACAAAUAAAAACAUUCAAUCUCAUUUACAAUGCAUACGUUGUAUGUUUUAUUUAUUUUUACACCUGUGUGGUGACUGGUGCUCAUCAUCUGGUGUCACCGAACGUGUUUGGAAAUUGUAUCACCAGCCAGCCAUCCACCAUCACCAUGUCAGCACACGAAACGAUGACAGAUGAUGCCUCGAUUUCAGUUCUAAAAUUUCUUAAAGAGAAUAUUCCAAAGAGCAACCAUGGCAAUAUAAAAAGUGAAUUAAAAACUGUUUUUUUAUUCUCUAAGAAAAGAAGUAAAGGCCAGAAGAUAAAGAAGAAAAAAAGAAAGUCUCGAAUUCUGACGCGGAAAGAGAAGAAAGCUCUUGGUUUUUAUGUUAUUCCGAGAAACAGUGUUAUGUAUAAUGAAGUGGUGCCUUUAAAUGAAAUCUGGUCUGAUUAUAUCAGUGAAAUGCUAGAGUUGGAAAAACUAACUCCAGACAGUGCUAGCAAGAGUUGGGAACAGUUUACACAAACAAUAUAUAAAUCUGAUUUUCAUGGCAGCAUGUUACAGGUUGUGCGUUCAAAAUGUCCAAGCUACGUUGGAAAGAAAGGUAUCUGCAUAAUGGACACAAAAAACACCUUUAAAAUUGUAUCAUUAGACAAUAAAGUGACUACAAUACCUAAAAAAGACAGUGUCUUUGAAAUUUGUGUAAAGGCAACCAAAAUAGUUAUCUUUGGUAAACAUUUGUGUGUGAGACCUGCUGAAAGGUCUACAAAGAAAGUGAAGAGCUAUUUACACCCUGAUCUAUGAAUAAAAUGUUUAGUAUGCAUAAUGUGACCAUUUAUUUCUUCCAUCAAAACUGGACAUCUGAAUAAUUAUUUAUAAAAAUAAAACAAUUUGUUAUUUGAA